AUGUUGGUUGAAAGAUAUGAAAAGAGACAACAACAAGUUGCGUAUGAUAAUGGAAAAUUCGUAGAAAUGAUAAAGGGAUUUCUGCUUUUAAAUGGUUCGCUCUAUCCUCAUUCAGAAGAACAUGGCACGAUAAUUGGCAACAAUAAUAAAGAUGAUAUGAAUUCUAUUAAUGACUCCUUGGAUCGUGUAUCGGGAUUUUUCAACAAAUCAAGUCAAGUACUUAUAGAUGAUAGUUAUGCCAUAAAUACAUCAGUGUUGGAAAAGUUCAAAAACUAUCUUGAUUAUUUAUAUUCAUUACAAGAAUUAUUUGAAAGAUCCAGAAAAUUACUGGCUAAUAAUAUAGCACAAUUGCAAAUCAGAAUUCAUGAUAAUGAGCAAAAAUACAAUAAAUUAAGUAGCGAUGAUGCUGACAUAAAAGGAAGUGAGCUAGCUAAAUUAAGACAGGUCAUAAUUAACGAUAAACAAGAAAUAUUCCAGCAAUUAAACAAGGACUGGUUAAUCAAAGAUUGUGUCUUGGAUGAAUAUUUGAUGUUUCAAGAAACGCAAUACUUGAUCAGUGAGAUGUGGGUCGAAUGGUGCAAAGGCAGAUACAAGUUUCAAGAUAAAAUAUUCGAAUUGCAUGAUAACUUGAAUAAUGAGGUUGUCAAUGACAUGCCUCUCUCCAGAUAA